AUGUCCCGCCUCUUCCGCAUCCCCCUGCCGCACCUCCCCUCCUCGCUCGCCUUCCGCACAGCAGGAGUCUACAGCGCCGGCGCACUCUUCUCCCUCGGCUUCUUCACCUUUCUCGACGCCUCAGUAUUCUCCAAGACCGCGAACGGCACGUCCAACGUGCACGUGACGAUCGUCGACUGGAUCCCGCUGCUGUGCAGCGUGCUUGGUAUGCUCGUGAUCAACAGCAUCGAGAAAGCGCGGCUGUCGGCGGAUUCAUACUCGUACUCCGGCUCGGGCGUGGCGUGGAAGGCGCGCCUCGUGCUGUUCAUGGGCUUCGCGCUCAUCGCGGGGGGGCUCGCCGGAAGCGUCACUGUUCUCGUCCUGAAGUAUGUCGUCCCGGGACACCCUUGGCCGACCAUGUGGUUCGGCGUCGCGAACGCGGUCAGCAACGCCCUGGUCAUGGCCAGCUGCUGCGUCCUCUGGGUCAGUCAGAAUAUCGAGGAUAGUGCGUAUUCGUAUAAUUUGAGCUUGUAA